AUGCCCGGGCUGGUGACGCCGAGCGGCGGCCCGGAGCGGUGGGGGCCGGGCGGGCGGGCGCGAGCGAGGGCAGGGCCGGGGGGCCGGCCGAGGCCAGUCGCGGCUUUAAAUAUGGAUCGCUGGCUCGCGCUCGUGGCACAGCCUCCGCCACCGCCGCCCUCCCGAUCCACCCCCCUCCCCGGGCUCGCUCCCGAGGGGCGGUCCAGUCCCGCCGGCUCCGGAGACCCUCCCGCCCCCGCGCCCUCGCCCGGUCCUCGCCUCCCUCCGCCCCGGAGCGCGCACCCACCCGGGCGGCAAAGUUGUGACUACUUGGGCGGGGGUGGCUCGAGCCCCGCGCCUCGCGCCGACAACUUUCCGCGGUUCGGCCCCGCCGCGCCCCGGGCCCGCGCCUCCCGGGCUCCCGCGGGCUCCCGGCUUCCAGCCCCGGCGGCGCGCCGGGGUUCAGAGGGGGACGUUUGCUGCACCCGCAGGGUCAAGCCCGCCCCCGUCCCAGACCCCCCUCCGCAGCGCUCACCUGGCGUGCCUGCCCGGGCUGUGGGGCCAUUGUAUCCCGGGGGCUGGGCUCCGGCGCAGGACACGUGUGUUCCUGCCUGGGUGAGCUUUGGUGGCCUCAGCGUGGCCGGGCACCUGCCAGAGACGGAGACUUCCCCAAACACACUCGCGGGGGAGGCCGGCGGGUUGGGGGGAGGGGACUUUCGGGGCCACCGAGACCGCGGCCCCCACUUCACUGCCAGCCGGGAGACCGAUCAUUCACAUCCCUCCCUGGCACGCCGAAAGCGGGGGUGA